AUGAUUUCCGAAAAGUAUAUCGGCCUCAUUCUGGCCAUUACAUCCACAAUGGCGAUCGGUACUAGUUUCGUCAUUACGAAAAAGGGCUUGAUGCAAGCAUCCGAGCGGCAUGGCUUUGAAGGAGAGGGUUUCUCAUAUCUCAAGAGUCCCAUAUGGUGGGGAGGAGUGGUUACAUUGGCCGUUGGAGAAGUCGCCAAUUUCGCAGCCUACGCCUUCGCCCCCGCUAUCCUCGUCACGCCCUUGGGUGCGCUAAGUGUCCUGAUCGGUGCUGUUCUCGGAUCAUAUUUCCUCAAGGAAAGACUGGGUACACUUGGGAAACUAGGAUGUGCGAUGUGCCUCCUUGGCUCCGUUGUCAUCGUCCUUCAUGCGCCCCCAGACAAGCCGGUGGAGAGAAUUGACGAGAUUCUGGGCUACGCGCUGCAGCCAGGAUUCUUGAUUUACUGUCUCGCGGUUGCUAUCUUCUCUACCGUCAUGAUUUACCGCGUCGCCCCCGUUUAUGGCAGGAAGAACCCUCUGAUUUACAUCUCCAUCUGCUCCACAGUCGGCUCCGUCUCAGUCAUGUCAAUCAAGGCAUUUGGUAUUGCGGUGAAGCUCACGUUGGGAGGCAACAAUCAGUUCACGCAGGCUUCGACCUACGUUUUCAUGAUCGUCACGGGUUUUUGCAUUUUGACGCAGAUGAACUACAUCAACAAGGCGCUGAACCAAUUCUCUACUUCAAUCGUCAACCCCCUCUACUAUGUCACCUUUACGACUGCGACCCUGUGCGCCUCAUUUAUCCUUUUCAAGGGAUUCAACACCACCGACGCUGUCAACACCAUCUCCUUGCUCUGUGGAUUUUUGAUCAUCUUCUCCGGUGUAUAUCUUCUGAAUCUUUCCCGACACGACCCAGAUGGACGACACAUGCUCAACGCGAAACUUGACGAUGAAGGAAUCCCAACGGACGGAAUCGCCGGUUUCCAGACUCGGAGGUCCAUGCAAUCCCGCCGCAGCAACGAGCCUCAUCGCCGGAGCUCUUCGGGGGCUUACAUGAACGGGCACGGAGACCGUGAAGGGCUUAUGCGUGCCUAUGAUGUCGAGAACCAGGCAUUCGGGCUGUCCGACCUAGCCGGGGACAGCGACGGAGAGCCCGGUCCUACCUACAAGCGAAGCGAAGAAGUAGAUCAUUCUUCUCAUCAGCCCAACAAGCCUUCCGCACUAUAG